AUGAAUAUUGAUCAAGAUUUCAGAAUUGUACCACUUACUGAGCAGUUAAAGUUUGGGUGGGUUUUCUUUGCAUAUUGGGUUUUGUUUACUACAGUAGCGAUAUUCGGUAUCUUCUAUGUGGGAAGGUUAUUUGGUUUUAUCAUUACACAUCUAUUAAAUUGGGUCAUCUGGCCACUAUAUAGAGCCAAGGUGAACAUUCAGUCGAUAUCAAUUUCUCCUAUUGGCGGUAAGAUUCAUUUUAAAAAUGUUUCCAUUAUUAAUAAAGAUCUAACUAUAUCGGUUUUAAAUGGGACCCUGACUUGGAGGUACUGGUUACCUGCUUGCAGACUUCCCAGCUACUAUGGAGAAAAGGCGUCCGAUGAUAGAUUGCCUUGUCGCUUGCAUUUAGAAUGUGAUGGCUUAGAAUUGUUUCUUUAUAAUUUGUGUGAGCCAUACGAACGGAUACUGGAAGAGAUGCAUAGGGCUGAAGAGGCUAAAAAGCACUAUAUGCAUCACGAAGCAGGUAUUAAGCAUAAAAUAUCAGAGACUAAGAUGAAGGAACACAUUGGAAGGAAAGGUUUUAGUUUGUUUGGGGGCGGCCGGGCCGCUCCCGAAGGCCAGAAGAGCCUGUCUCGGUUUCUCGAGCAGUUACCGCUUGAGAUUAAUGUUAAGAAAGGAGCUGUUACUGUAGGUAAUUAUGAAACUCCUAGCCUUAUUAUAAUAGGUUACGAUAAGUUAGACGGUAUAUUGGACAUUGAUUCACCUACAGCGCCUGUUGAUUGCUACAAAAUAAAGGUCGAGGCCACAACUUAUGAUCUGAAUAUUUCUAUGAAACCAAAUAUAUCCUUUGAAAAUGUGAAUCCCAUUAAGACUCACAUCGAGACCAGGAGAGUAUCACGGUUUUGGGGUGCCAUUAAAGGUUUUAUGAAGGGCAAGAUAUUAUAUCCUUUUCGAACAGUUUCUAAGAAGACUUCGCCACCUAGGGGCGUUAAUUCGCACCUACAAGCUUGGAAAGGCUUACUAUUUUACAAAGUAGCUAAUAAAAGCGAUAUUAGUGAACUACAAUAUGAUGUUGAGCAUCACGAAUAUGCUAAAUAUACCAAAAUUUUGAAAGCGAAGAAAAUAAACAUAACCUACGCAUGUGACGUGCUGGAAACGACAUUGGAGCCACCUCUUUCUGGGAAGGAUUUGCCUCCACCUGAAUUUUCAAUUGACUUUUUGCUUUACGAUGCCAAUAUAUGUUAUGGGCCAUGGGCGCAUAGACAGUCGCAGCAUUUAAUAAAGCUGUUUUUCCCGACUGUAUACAAGACUGAGAAGUCAGAGGAAGAUAGCAAUUUGGAAAAGAAUAGCACCAGGGGAUUUACGGAAUUAAAAUUGUCCAUGAUGAUUAUGGAAGACUCUGUUUGGCGAAUUCCUACAAAGGAAGCUAGUAAAGACGCCGCUUUCUUAGAGAAAUAUAAAACGACAAGGGACAAUUCCAGGGCAUUUGGAUGGCUAGAUAUACAAUUGCAAAAAGAUACCAAUGCAUCUUUGGUGACAUCCUUGGUAUUGAGGGAUUCCAAGUUUGAGAACACCUUCCAUUCUAUAUUAGAAAAUAUGGUUAUCCGCACCAGUGUAAACAAUGACAUUAUGUUAAUGGCGAAAAGACAUGUUGUUAAUGCUGAUCUGUCACGACCAGAAUUAUGGAAUAGCAAUAUAGAAUGGAUAAUUAACUGUACUUCCUCGAAUCUUGAAGCCUUUAUUUUACGCGACCACAUCACUCUCCUAACUGACCUUAUUUCUGACUUUUCUUCAAGCGAACCAGUUCCGUACGAUUUAUUCAGACCAUUUCUCUAUCAAUUAAAUUUAGAGAUUGACCACUACGAUAUACAUCUAAACGUUAACGAUGCCAACAUCAUUGACAAUGCUCUUGAUUUAAAUGAGAACUGUUACCUAACUUUACAAGGAGAAUCUGCGAGCCUUAGCGCAGAAAUACCUUAUCAUAGCAUUGCACAGCCAUACACAGCGGUCUCCUAUAAAUUACUUACCCCCCAGGUUGAGUUGCUUUUGAAUACCCCGCCUUGGCACACAGUAAAUGAAUUUAUGAGAUUUAAAGAGUUCGGAAGGACAUACGAAUUCGCUGCCCAGGGAUCUUACAUUAUGUACUAUAGUGUUGAUAUUGACAAUGUUGAUACUUUUACAAUAGAUUGCGAGACCCGGUUUUCUACUGUUCACUGUUCUGGGUUCUUGUUGAGGUACAUGAUGAACGUGAUAGACAACUAUUUCGGUGAUUUCACUCAUUUUCGAACAACAGAGGAGUAUACAGAGGAACUCUCUCAUGAAGACUCUAGCAACAAUCAGGUUAGUCUUUUAGGAAAACAAAAUGAUUACAGAUCAGCCACGCGUGUAGACCUCGGUAUAGGUACCAAUACCGACACUAUAAUUAAAAAGUCAAAUGACACUAAGUCAUCUAAGAAAUCCUUAUACAGGAAAACCACUAAUGAAAUCGAUAUUUGGUUUACCCUUAAAAUUUCCGAUGGCAACUUUCUUUUCCCGGAGAACAUAUAUGACUACGAAUCAUGCAUUGGUGUACAUUGUGAUAGCAUUGAGAUUGAUUUAAGGUACCUAAAAUACUAUUUGGACACGAAAGUUGGAGUUUAUUCAAGUUAUAUCAAAAGAUAUACUGAUGUAACGCCAAAUUUAAUGCUAAUUAAGAUGUUGGAACGCGGGUCUGUCAUUAAAAAUUAUCAGGUUUACGUUACAGAUAUGCAUCUUCACCAGCAUCGAAUGUUAGGUGUACCGCCAUCAAAUGACAGUUAUGUCAUAAAAUCUGAUAUUAGCUUGGGUACUAUUGAAUCGAACUGUGAUAUUGAUAUGGCAAUUGGAGUACUAAAUGCUUUCAAAAAGUUUAUAUUUGGAUUCAAGGACAUUGAAGAUCUCUUAAACUAUGAAAGUAAUACUCCUCCGGCAUUGAAUUGCUUUACUUUCACUGUUGAUUAUAUUUCUUUGAAGAUGAAGGUAAACGAUGUGAAUCUGGAGUAUAAUUUAAAGCUUUCAGAAGGAUCAUUCCAAUUUAUAGAUCUGGAGAACAGCAAUUAUUCCAAUAGAAAAGACUUAGAAAUUUCGAAAAUCGAGUUUUUGGUUUCGUUAAUAAAUGAUGACCAAAAUUUAUGCCAACUAACCACGUCCGUUAGUGCUACAAACUUCAUUCGUCACCAUGAUUUCAAUAGUGGAGUCCAGUCCCAAAGAGAACAUAUUGCCCUGAAUGAUGCACCAUUUCACCGAUGCCGAUUCUUACUAAAUAGUUAUUUGCGAUCUCUUCCAGCGUACAAUAACCUUUAUGGUUGUAUCCCUCCUAGUUCGUCAAUACCAAUGCUUUCUGAACCAAUAACGUCCAAGAAUUUUAACUCAAUUUUAGAGUAUUUCUUGCUCAUUGUUCAGCCAGACUUUUCAUCUGAGAAAGCCCCAGAUAUUGCAAACGAUGUCGUUGCUCUUUCAUCCUCUACUGAAGAUAAACUGUUGGAACCACAUAGUCCUAGAAAUUUGCCGACAUUUAUGGCGUCGAAUUCACUUGAAGGUAUGCUUUUUGAUCUGGACAGUUUCGUCGUUGAAUUACCUGAAGUGAAGGGCUUCUUACAUGUUGAUGUUCUGAUUUCAUUUGGGAGGAUAUACGAUCUGCUCUUUGAUAAUAGUAUUAUGGAUAGACUCGAUGACAUUGAAAUGGAUAUAGUUCAUCAUUAUUUAUCCUUAUUAUCCGAUUUUGCACAUUGUAAAGAACUAAAGCUAAAAUGCAGUACGGUCGAUGUUGCAUUGGUUACAGAGCAAGACUUGGAAAAAGGAACCCUGCUCAAUUACAUUGAUUUUAAGGCAGAUAGGAUAAACGUUGAUUUUAGAAUGCUUAAAGGACCCGCAGAUGGUAUUAUCAGCGUCCCUGUGAAAGAAAUGUCUUCCAUUUUCUUCAAGUCGGAUCUCAUAAGCUCUCGUGUGUUCUUACACAGUCUAAACUCUUCUAAACAGGCAGGUUCACCAGCUCUAUCAUGCUUUUUCAAGGCCAUUGAAGGCUAUGGUCAUUUGGAAGAUCAACUUGUUUGGAAUACAAACGUACAGCAUGGCUCCUUGUAUUUAGAUCAUGAAAGGCUAGAGCGUAUUUUCGAAUUCCUUUCUAAGUUAUUAAAAGAAUUCGACGACUUUUCUGUCAUAGUUGGCAAAGCAAUUUCUAACAGGUACACGAGAAGACGAGCAUUGUUGAUGCAACUAUCACUAGCGGGACAGGACUUUAACAUUAACCACGAUGCACCCGUGAUAACAAAACCGGCCGUUAUAGUAAGAUUAUCAGGACAACAUAUUAGAGAAGAAAAAAGUUGGAAGAUUAUUACUCGUUUACGUUACAUUUUGAAUAAUAUGCCUAGUGAAUGGGACUUAGAAAAGUCAACCAUAUUGCACAAGAAAAACUUUAAACUUCCAGCUAUUUGCAGAAAACAAUUUCUAGAUGUGUUUACGAAGUGGAGGAGUUGGGAAAUAUCUGAUGUUGAAGGAACUUAUAUUUAUAGGAAGACCUUCAUGGAUUAUGGAAAAGAUAAAGGAAGUGUCGAUUUUAAAUUCCGUCUUUGCUUAGACCUAUUUGUUGCAGAUAUUGAUUAUAAACAUGACAAGCUCUUCACAGCAAGAGGGUUUACCAUUGAUAUGAAAAAGGCUCUCUUAAAACCUAAUAUAGCAGAGUCAUCUCCUUUGCAUGAUUGUAGGUGUUUUUCAAGCCUUUUAUUUUCAGCUGAUGAUAUACACAUCAACUUGCAAUGGCCAGUGAUGAAACUGGUUGAUACUAUACAAAGUCUCUCAGCGCAUGGCAAUUCUGACAUUAAAUCGCUUGCUAAAAACAAGCUAUGUCAAGAAUCAGCCCUACAAAGUGUAUCUAUUCAAAUUCGGGAAUUUUACGUUGAUAUAAUUAUGGAGGAAAUUGAACUAGGGCUCUCAUGUCGGAAUUAUUAUUUAGCUCUAUUUGCUUCAUUACCUUUUGAUGCAAAAUAUCCGAUUCUAUCGAUCACGAAUUCAUCCGAUCUUUUAUCGGCAUCUCUUUGUUAUAAUACGGAGGAAUUACUAGCUUGCCAUCUAUCAUUUAUUUCUAAUAAUGCAUUUUUGCUAUUAGAUCACAAGUGCUAUAAAAUUGAGACAAAGUUAGAAUCAAUCACUGUGGAGGCUGGUGUAUCUAAAUCGGAUGAGAUAUUUUUAAAUGCAACCGAAUCACUUAACAGACAGCUCAACAGGCUAUAUACCGAUUUGGCUGCUUUGUCCAUUCUAAAUUUUAGAAAAGAUAUGGAAGGAAUGGAUGAGUCUAUUAUACCGCACUAUUCCAUUAAAUUGCAGUCAAAUAAUGUCUCCUUUGGUUUAAGGACAUUGUAUCCUUUGUCAAUCGAUACUACUUUGAAAGAUCUAGAUUUCAGUAUAUCUGCAGCAGAAGUAAGAAAAUUAUCAGCAUCAGUAACUGACAUCAACUUCGACCUUUCCUCUAAUAGUCACCUUAAAAAUUAUAUGCGGUAUUCACAAUCAAAACUAUCAGUAUAUGGCGAUUUAUCUGGAUUUGAUUCAGGUAACGGUAGUAUUGAAAUUGAAACGGGUAUAUCAAAGGUAUCCAUGUUUGAACCAAGUGCCAACUUCCAUUAUCUACUUGAUGAUUCAAUUCUGGUUUUUCAGCGUAUUAGUAACUUGAAAAUCGGACUUGCACAGCUGAAUAUAAUGAAUAAAGGAAAUGCGCUAAUGAGUCCAUUUUCUAAAGUUAUUCCUCCGGAUUUGAAAUUUACAAUGGAGUAUGCAGGUGUACUACUAGAAUUUGGAACUACUCUAUACAUCAUGGAAUUUAACAAAAUUGAAUAUUCGUUGGCUUCUGCUACUAUUGACCCAUUAGAUAUUUCUAAAAGGUACAAAGGUCAUUGUUCAGUUGGAUCAUUGUGUUUUCUAAUCAAAGACCGAAGGAUAGCUCAGAGAUUAUCAAAAGUAUUAGAUUGCUCUUUUAAAGUACUACUAGUCAACACAUCUGUGCUUAAUUUCGAGAGCUUGCAGGUGGAGAGUAGCUACUUCCGGGUUUGUUUAUCACCAACAUCUUUUAUUCGGCUAUUAUGGCUGGAAAACAAGAUAGCUGCAAUGAAAAUUAUGUACUCUGAGAAAAUGGAUGACUUUUCCACUAACUCUUUUUCAUUCGCUGAUAAAGGUAGGUUCUUUUCACCAAGCUUAAAGUCCGCGCAAGUGCUAUCUUAUAAUUUAUGUGUGGGGUGGAUUUUUGACAUUGAUAAUUAUAAUGAUAGUGGUUUAAUAUGGGGAUACGAGCGACUAUUUGCAGCUUACGAUAUGCCUUAUGGCAAGUUGACUCUUUUGGAUGCUUACUUUUGCCCAGCAUAUGGUUAUGCCUCAAAUACUUUCUAUGUAAAAGGCAAUGAACGUGAAACGAUGAAUCGCAGUUAUUUACCAAGCAUGCAAAUUUAUUAUAUGUUAAUAGAGGAAGAUGGAAAGAAAGAUUUUGUUGUUAAUGUGAAAGGAGAAGAGCUUGAUAUUAGCCUACUUAGUGACUUUGUUACAAUUGCUGAGAAGGCAAUUCAGUCGGUUCAUAAGGUUCAAACGCUAAAAAAAGCCAUGAUAGAUCCCAUUGGUUUAAAUCGCAAAGGGAAGCCACGCAAUGCUGAUUGGAGCUACUUAGAUUAUUACCCAAUAAGUGUGAGAUCAGUAAAAUGCAUUAUUGACUAUGCAGGGUGUGCUCUACAUAUUUAUUCCGAAGAUGAUAUUGAGAAUAAUACUUGUGCUCUUGAAAUCAGGAGUCCAGCUUACGAAGUUGAAUUUGAAUAUCAAUACUUACCCCAUAACCUACAAUCUCAUUGGCUCAGAAUGUUAGUUACAGUGAACGCUACUCGUAAUACAUUUUUCCCUACUUGUACACCAAUAAUAAGAGAUUUGCGCCGAAACUUCAGUGAAAUAUUAAAUCGACCAAUCAACCAAACACCUAUUAGUGCCAGCAAUUCUGAAAAACCAAGUAUAAACUAUCAUAAUAUUUUGAAAUCUUUUGAUCUUGCAAUAUUCAUUGAUAUCGGCCAACAGGAACUUAGUCUGACGUGUGAACCACAUGCUAAGGUACAAACAUGCAUCGGUUUCGAAAAGCUUGCGAUCAAAGUUUUUAGCAAUGAAAUUCUUUCUGAUGAUCCUCUAAUUAUGUCCAUUGAGGUGUGUGAUCUAAUCGCUACCUUUAGACACAUUUAUUCUCGUGAAGUUGGAGCUUCACUUUCGCUACGACAUAUUAAUACUGUUUUCAAUUUAACCCAAAUGGAUACUAUUAGGAUGUAUGGUUCUACUCUAAUAUCCGAACCAUCGUUAUAUUUCAAUAUCGAGCAUGUCAGGGACCUAAAGGUUUUCCUCGAGCUAUGGUCAGUGGACGAUGAUCCAAGUUUAAGAGGUGAUGGCCUGUUUAGUGGCAAAGCUACGCAUGAUACAGUUUCAUUGGUUUCAAGUGUACCGCAUUCAUCUAAAACAUCAAAUUUUACUUGGCAAUACUUUAUUGGCGUUACGGGGGUUACGGCAGAUGUCAACCUUGGGCCAUCAUUAGGCAUUGUGGGAAUGGCUUGCGAUACAAUAUGGACUGUUUCGGAGCAAGAUAAAUAUUACACGCAUAGUUUGACACUAUCUAUGGGUGAGAUUAAUAUGUGCUCCGCUGGAAGAUUAGGGGGAUCUAUGACUAUUAAAGAUAUGAAUGUCUUAUCUCGACUAAGUUGGAUUCUCAAAAGGGAUAAGGUUGCUAUGCCCGUUAUAUCAUUUACAUUAGAAAUUACAUCUGUGGAGAGUAAGUUGUCUAGCGAUUACAAUAUGUUUUUCAUUGGAAUAAUCCAGGACAUGGCUAUCAAAGCUUUUAAUGAAAUUGAUGAGGACGGAGUUGUUGCCGAUUUAUUAUCUGUUGCGGUUUCACUUCACAGCUUGCAGGUCUUUACAACAUCAUUAGCGUCUGCUAAUAUCUAUGACAUCUACAAGAAAGUUGCUCAACUAGCAGGGGACAAUGAACCAAUCCAACCGAAGGAAAUUAGAGAGAAAGAUGCCGAAGGAGCUAGCUCAAAUACUCCUGGAACUUUUGACUCCUUAACUACACUAAGAACCAAGUUUUCAUUGGAUAUUGGUCUACUCCGUUUGCAGGUUUCAACUAGCACACUAUUCGAUUCGCAUGUGUUAGUAUUGAAAGCCACUAAUAUUACAGCGAAUACAUUAUUGGAAUCUAGUGUUAAUAUAAAAACAGAACUUAACUGGCAAUUGCAUAAAAUAUCCCUUUCUUUGUCAACAUUAAAACACGAUCUGGACGAUAAAAAGGUUAAUGAGAUUGGUAUAAUGGAAUAUGUUGCUCUCGCUUCUAGUGCUUCUGGAGGAAUGAUUGUUGAUGCACCAUCAAUCUACAUAGCCAUGACGGUGUGGGAACUACCACCUUCAAAUGUACUUGAGUAUUUGUUUUCCAGUAGUUUUGGUGGUACAAUUGAUGUGAAAUGGAAUUUAGCUCCAAUUGGCUUCUUCAGAGAACUAUGGAAUACACAUGUAAACUCUAUGAAAAUGCGCCACGUUCACGAGGGUGCAAGAGCUUUAAAUAUCUUGGAGGGUGAACAACUUGAAGAUAUGAAAUUGGAAGUUAAUCUUGGCGAUGAAUACAAGUACGUUCCACUCCAACCGCCACACAUUGAAGUUCCAAGAAUUAAAGAAUUAGGUGAUGCUACCCCUCCAAUUGAAUGGUUCGGCGUAAAUAGAGAUAGCUUUCCUGGACUUACCCAUCAGGUCAUGAUUAUUCCCUUACAGCAAUUAUCUAAAUUCGCGGAAAGGAAGUAUGCAAAAGCACUACGGAGGUGA